AUGCCUCGGCUGCUGUCGGAAGAGAUAGACGAUGCCGUGCGAGAGGUCAAGUUUAUAGAGGAGGCCCUGUCCGGCAGCGCCGGUUGCGACGCCGGGGGCAGCGGCUCGUACCUCGGGUUGACCGACCGUGGGGCCUUGCUAGAUUUGCUCCUUUGCGCCCGACGGCAGCUGAACCUUCUCCGAGAGAAAGAGGUAGCAAUCCUCAAGUCUUCUGCUGCUGCGGGGGGGCGAUCCAAUCAGCACUUUGAACCUUCGCCGUCGGCUGCUACGGGGGUUUGCCAACCCGGAGGAGGCGUUAGCGACACAAGAAGGCUCUCGGACGUGACGACUUGGAUGUCGUGCAGGAGUCUGCUGGACAGCAUGGGCGUGGGGGACAUCCGUCUUGUGCACUCGGCGGUGCCAAGAGCGGAGCUGAGCGUGAUCGUCGACGCGUUGCACCUGUUUCAAUGGCCGGGGGCAGCCGCCGCAAGGGGCCUCGCCGCCGGCGCUCGAUAUCGGGCCGCCGGGGAGCAAGAACGGGCCGGGCUCCGUGCCUACCUGAACGCCAUCAUCCUCCCGGGGGACGCAAAUGAGUGGGUCGUUCCUGUCGCGGGGGGGCAAGACCCCGGCGACGCGGCCGAAAGCGGCGGCCACGACAAUAACUCCUCCGACUUCUUGUCCGUACCGUGCGACGGUAGCUGGAGACGCCGCCGCCGCUCCGGCCAUGCGGGGGACAGGUGGGCGGCGGCGACCGAGGGGGGGGGGGAUACGCAAGGGGCAGUUCGCGGGGGGGUACCCUCCGCGGCGAUCUGUCUCUCCGAGGCCAUCAGCUGCGGGGGGCCCGCCUCCGGCUUGCGGGUGCUGUUGGAGGUGGUUCUGCCGGAGGCGACGUCGGCGUCCGCUAACGGCACCGCUAUAUCGAGCUGCAAGAACGGCGAAGACAACGGCUGUCGCCGUGGCAGAGGCAGCUGCCGCGGUGGGCUGUCGCCGCGUGCCGCGGGCGCGGGCGGGCAGCAGGCGGCGGGGCUGUACCGGGCGAUCGGGGUCCUCGUUGCGGCGAACCGCCGGAGUCCGCUGACGAGGCCCGUGGUCGUGCUGACCGACCUGCAGGCCUCCUGGAAGCUGCUCUGGCUGGGCGGGGCGCGCUCGGGCCUGGCUCCGGCCGGAGAGGCGGCGGCGGCGGCGGAGGCGGCGGGGACGGCCUUCCACCAUGCGGCAGCAACCACCGUCGACGGCGACGACGUUGACGUGUUUGUGUGGAGGAUGAGUCCUCGCGAUGCGAUCUCGGUCGUACGCUCCAUGCUGGAUGAGGAGGCCGUGGGGUGGGACGGACAGGUCUCGUGGGCGCCUCGUCAAGGUGAUGCUGUUGCUGCUCCUGCUGCUUCUGGGGGGGGCGGUACACACGGCGACGACGGCUUUCACGCUCUCGCAUGGGCAAGCGAAGGAGCGGCAGGAAGAGGAGGAGGAGGAGGAGGUGGAGUUGCGGCAGGAGAAUCAAAGGGCCCAAUGCAAUCGCUGAGAGACCGCCAUCUCGUCGGCCGUCGCAACUUCGGCCGGCCUCAUUCUUGUCCCCGCCACGGGGGCUCGCGGGCGGCUUCCUCCGCUGCUGCCGCCAACGGCGGCAGCGGCGGCGGCGGCGGGGGGGUAGAAGCCUACAUGGGGGGAAUCGGGCGCACCUCGAGCCCCCCGCUGGCGAUGGAAAUGGCGCUCCGCAGGGAGCACGCGUCUUCCUUCACGGGGAAUAGCUUGCCCGGGCAGUGGACAGCAACGGGGGGUAGCUUUGGGGAGGGCGGGGAGUUCCCGCCGAGAGAGUGCCGAGCCUUUUCGGCCGGCGUUCAGCACGCUAGUGACGGGUUGGACAGGGCGGCCGAGAUGAUGGGACGGCGGUCUACUUUUGCGAAUCUCUACCCGCUCCAUGGAGGAGGAGGAGGCGGCAACAGCGGAGGAGGAGGGGGAGCGGGGGACGAAGGGUACUCGGUUGACGAUCGCUUCCGGGGGCGGCUUUCGAACGGUAAUCAUCAUUCUACCAACGGCGGCGCAACGCCCAGAGAGCAUCGGGGCGGCAGCUUCGACAACGACGGCAGAGGCUUAUCAGACAACAGCAGCACUAGGCAGCGCUCCUUUACGGCCUCCUCCCCUCACACGCGACCGCUGUCACCGCCGUCUGCUCCGGUUAACCCGCUCGCCGACCCGACCGUCCUCCGGCACCUCAUCCCCUUCGCCGCGGGGGACGGCUUUCUGUUCGUCGCCGGGAUUUCCAGGAGCUGGAGAGAUGCCUGGGGCGUCGAGCGGCCGCCGGAGACGGACACCGAUGCCGCCGUGCAGUCGCCCUCUCGGCUGGGGUGGGCGAGGGCCAGUGGGCUGGGCUGGGGGCCGAGCGUGUGCGCGCGGGCUGCGUCGGGGGGGCACCUGGCGACGCUGCGGUACGCCAGGGCUCUGGGCUGCCCUUGGGACUGGACUUGCUGCGCGCUGGCCACCACGAAGGCUCUUGUCCCGGUGAGCGCGAUGAUCCAGUGGGCCGCAUCGCAGCCAGCGUCUUCCUCCUCUUCUGUGGUUGGUGACGACCCUUUGCGACCGAAGCGCCUUGAGGUGCUGAAGUGGUGCAGAGAGAACGGGUGUCCUUGGGACGAGGCUACAACAUCCGAGGCUGCCCGGGAGGGAAACAUGGAAAUCUUGCGGUAUGCCGUGGGCAACGGCUGCCCUAGGAACGUGCUCAUGUGCGCGUACGCCGCGGCGGCGGGCCACUUGGAAACCCUCAAGUGGGCGAGGGAGGAGGAGGGCUGCGGCUGGAACGAGGCCACGUGUGCGUUCGCGGCAGCGGGGGGUCACUUGGAAGUCCUGGAAUGGGCGAGAGAGAGGGGUGCCCCAUGGGGAGAGGAGACGUGCGCAAGUGCCGCCAGGGGGGGCAGGCUCGAGGUUUUGAAGUGGCUGAGAAAGCACGGGUGCAAGUGGGGGGCGGGGACGUGCGGCAACGCGGCCGAGGGCGGGCACUUUGACGUCCUUAAGUACGCCAGGGGGGAGGGGUGUCCGUGGACCGAGGCGGCCUGCACGCUAGCCGCGAGGGAAGGUCACCUGGAGAUCCUCAAGUGGUGCCGCAAGAACGGCUGCAAUUGGGUCUCCGCGACGUUCAGGGCUGCCGCGGGCGUGGGAAACCAGGAGAUGCUUUGUUUCCUGUUCGAGGAGGGUUGCCCCUGGGACCGCCGGACUUGCGCCGCGGCCGCGAGGAACUCGGACCUCGAGACCCUCAAGUGGUUGCGGCUCAAGGGCUGCCCGUGGGACUCGCGGGUGCUGGACGCCGCGGCGGAGGUCGGGGCGAUGGACGUGUUCGAGUGGGCAAUGAGCAACAAGUGCCCUUCCUGAGAGAGAGAUGUGCCGAUCCGCUGUGCUAGCCUGGGCCGCCGACGCCACGGAGCGGACGGGAUAUGUGGUUGCGAUGGCGCCGCGAGCACAGGCGGUGCCAGCACAGGCGGUGCCAGCUUGCGUUGCCUAGGCAACGCACAGCGGUGGAAUCGUUUUUUUGAGAGGGAUGGAGACGGGAUGGGACCCAAUCAAGAACCGUCUGUGCCUAGACCAAGGACAGCCCCCCCGCGGGGCCUCUACGUGGGGUAAUUGAGUCCCGGCAGCCGUUCAGAGACGGCAAUGAUGAUACGGCUCCAGCGGGGUGCUCUGUUGGUGUAAGGACCCAAGCAGCAUGGAGCAAGGCAUGGAGGGAGCGAUGAGGGAAACUACGCACGCUUCGAUAGGUGUAUUUUUUGUCGUUGCGAUUUCUGCCGGGGGUGUAGGACCCCAGGUGGGCAUUUUUCAAGGGGGGGGGGGGGGGGGGGGGGCAGGCUAGACGGAAAACAAGCAUAGACGCCCCCCCUCGAGUUGGUCAAGUCCAUGUUCUGCUUUCGGUUUCAUGCUAUUUAUAUAUAGACUAAUGGUAUUUUCGAUUCUACAGCAGUCGCUUACGCAGUACAGCAGUGUCCCGGAAACAAGUCGUUGACCCAAAGCCCGUUCGAUGGUGCUGACUUGAAUGCCGCCUGACGAGGAAAAUCUUGGGGUUUAGUGUUGAAUGGUUGGGCGUUGUGAGAGGGUAUCAUAAUGAUUGUUGUAGCAUAUUCAUCGUGUUAGAGGUACCUUAGACUUCCGUUGGUGUGGGGUUUGGAUAGCUUGACUUUAUGUUUUGUUUUGGGAAGAUUGGUGUGGAAGAAAUUGCGAUUGCAUGGUGUGCGCGCGUUCUAGACUUUCGGAUGAAUCCAAUGUUUGGACGCCGGGGAAGGCGAUCUACGCUAGAGUGCAAGGCGUGAUGAUAAAAAAACUGCUUUUCCGUUCUAUGCAUGAUAACCGUUUGGUAGAAUUCUUGUAGAGGUCAGAGGACCCCAAAAUAUGGCACAACGGGCGGUGGCUAGUUUUCGGUGUCUGUCUGUGGUGGGCUGAAUAGAGAUGAAAGUAGUGAGGGACGUGUGUGUCGUUGAUUUUUUUUUUUUGCGUUCUUCUUUGCCUUCCAAAGGCACGAUUGAAUUGUAUUUUUGGAAGCCUCUCUUCUUUCGAGUUUUGCCGGGGCCGUUGGGCUGGACGCCCUCCUUCGAGAGGAAGGAGAGAGGGCGUCAGGAAGGCGCUUCUUGUUUUUUCGCGCGCGAGAUCAAUAUAUUUGCUUUGCGCCGUCCCCAAGUUUGUACGAUGCGAUUCUGUCGAGUAGCAUAGUUUUGGGGGCCGUUGUCUUUAUUGUUGUGGGGUAGGGGGGGGGGGGGGGGGGGGUCGCAACCGGUGCUUGUUAGGGGAGAAUGGGUAUUUCGUCGAGCAUUCCGUGAGUGAAUUCCUGUUGCGGGCAUAUGUACCGUGAGUGAAUUUGAUGCCGGGGUCGCAACUGGUGGUUUAUUUGGGGAGAAUUAAGGAUGUCGUCGAGCAUGCCGUGAGUGGUGGUUGUUGUGCCAGAGGAAGUUUUUUGCGUUUGAUAUGUUGGCUUUGCGGGUUUACGCCGCUCUUCGGCUGUAACUGGAGAGCAAUGGGCCUUUUUUUUUAAUGUUGUUGUUGUUGUUGUUGUUGCACGUUUUGACCCAUGGCCCGACGGAAGAAUGAUAGAGAAGAGGAGAGCGUUGAUGUGUGGUGUCCGAUGGACGUUAAGCUGCAAGCAAGUCGAUUACAAUCACAGAGGCCUAAGUGUUCUCUGUUCUUAAGAAGUUUCUCCCUGCCCAGAUGUGUUGUUGCUUCCAACAAUUUGGAUUAUCGAAGGAGGGACAAAACUGAAACUGAUUCUUGGGUGCGGGACAGACAAGCAGCUAGCUAGACAGGGCGUGUGCUUUUGGAGUGCUCGCGUGAUGAUGUACGUGCGCGUGCCCUCUCCUCCCCACCCCAACAAAGCCACGAGUCAAUCGUUUUUUGCUCUGGGACGGGGCGAACGUGCUCCCGGUGUGCGUAUUCUGCUAGCCCAUGGCGCCUGUUUGUUGAGCGUUCCUGGGAUCCACCUUUUGGUGUUAGAGAUUAGAGGAGAGGUGAGGGGGGUUGCAGAAGGUGGCCCGCGCUCUCGUUAAAUUUUUUUUCUUGUGUCAGGGCUACUGGUGCGGUGUUGUUGUCCCCAGAUGUGUGUGUUUGUUGUGUCGUCGAUGUACACCAUAGUAUCUGGGGUCUUCAUUAUUUGAACCGCGGUUGGUUUUGCGACCGUUGUUUUUUGGGAUUUUUUGUUUAAUGUAAGGCCAUUGCAUGUACACAUGCACUUAAGGCCGGCCGAAUACCUACCGUUUCCUCGCGUGUGCUGUUGUUAUCGAGAGGGCGGUGGUGUGUAUCGGCCAUGCGGAGUCGAAGGUGUCGUCGGUGUUGUUUUCGCGAUCGACGGAUUCCCGCAGGUUUGCCGGUAAAUUAUAUAUCUACAACAUGUAGUUUUAAUGCCGACGUGAAAAGAAUUGGCUUCUAUGCGUACGCAGCGAUACGAAUGCCUCUUCAAAAGAAAGGUGCAUGCAAAUGCCAGAGCUCUUCGGGUGGAGAGAACAAACGCCGUACGGUACGCGGAAGCUGCGAGCGAUGGUGAUUAACGGCAGUGCGAGCGAGAAGCGGCAAGUAAGUUAUUUCCCUCUUUACGUGGGCGUGUGCUCGGUUUCAGGUUCGUUGUCCCUCUCCCUCCGUCGUUUGCUUACACACGUGCGUUUGCCGUUGGCGUGAGACAUGCCGGGUUCAGGGGCUGCAACGAGAUACAGCCGCCGCCGGGGAAACCUGCUGCGAAACGUGCCGUAGAAAGCACCUUACCUUAGCGGAAGGAAGUAUGUAUGUGGUAUGUAUUUAUGUAGCAGUGUGGAGAUCAGGGAGAAGCGAAGGUGUAUUUCACGGACGGAUGAUAGUAGUCCCUCGUGAUGUGCAAGCAUUGGACGAACGGAUGUGUGCAUACGGUGUGUGGAUAUUUCUGUAGUUUUGUAAGGGAACAAACCCGGUUGCCCUACCUGCUAAAUAAUCGUCGUCGUAAGGACGCAACAAGAAAUUUAUCACACCACUG